GAAAGCGCAGAUCACCAGAGAAUAGCAUUUCUACUGCGCAAGCAGUGGACCUUAUACAGUGUGACCCCUCUGUACAGAUUCUCUAGUGCUCACCUGAGGCAUUACGCUAGGCUGCUUCGUGCUUUUAUUGCUGCGGAGAAGCAGAAAGGAUUGGCCGUGGAAGUAGGGGGUGAGCUGGGCAUCCAAGUGGCUGUCUCUAGCCUUCCAGACCUGAAAGGCAGCGACCAAGACCACGCUGCGAUUCUUGUGCAGCUGUCUUUGAGAUCACCAGCUUCCCCAAAAAACCCAGAAGAGAAACUGAUAUGGUCGGGCUGGUUCUGCUCUGUGUCUGGAGAGGAUCUUUCUGAGAACGUGCCAGAGGACUUCACUUGUUUGCCUUUGUUUCUUGCUAAUGGGGCAGAGAAUUUCACGUCCAUUGUUGGAAGUUGGUUUCAGAAGACUUUUGACUGCUGCUUCCGCCGUUUAGCCAUCAGCCCUCUCAAUCUCAGUUGGAUGGCAGCUAUGUGGACUGGAUGCAAAGUGGACAAAACUGCAUCUGCCAUGGAACUCAUUUUCUCUGUCCCCUGUCUACCCCAGCCUCUAGAUAUUUCAUAUGCUAUUCAUCCAGAGGAUGCAAAAGCUCUGUGGGACACAGUCCAAAAAUCUCCAGGAGAAAUCACUCAAGAAGAGGUGGAUAUCUUUAUGGACUGCCUUUACUCUCACUUCCACAGACAUUUUAAGAUCCACUUGUCAGCUACAAAACUGGUGAAAGUUUCUACAGCAAUUGCCUCAGCACACUGUGAUGGGAUUAUAAAGUUUCUACAAAGCCAAUACCUAACUGGAGUGCUGAUGCUACUGACAGAACUAGCGAUCUCUCAGAUACAGUGA